AUGGCGCCGAAGCUAUGGGUAACGCGCGGGGUGACGUGGGUGACCUCCGCGAUCAAGGCUCGGGUCGGACGCCGCACAUACUUACGCGUGACGAAUGUCUAUAGACUUGUCAACAGUCUGACGCAGCUGAUGGUCUACCCCAUGCCGUUGGUCACAGACCUGCUUGAAGACCUGGACAAGUACAAGUAG